GUGGGGCAACUGAGCACCCCGUGGGGUCCUAAAGAGCCCCAGGGGGGCAACAGGACACCCAAGGGGGGGGCAACAGGGCAACCAAGGGGGCAAAUGGGCACCCAAGUGGGCAACUGAGCACCCCUUGGGGCAGUAGAACAGUUCAUGGGGCAAGAGGGCACCUGAGGGGGCAACAGGGCACCCAGAGGGGCCCUAAAGCACCCCAUGGGGCAGUAGGGCACCUGAGGGGGCAACUGGGCACCUGAGGGGGCAGCUGGGCACCCCAUGGGGCAGUAGAACAGUUCAUGGGGCAAGAGGGCACCUGAGGGGGCAACAGGGCACCCAGAGGGGCCCUAAAGCCCCCCAUGUGUCAGUAAAACAGUUGAUGGGGCAACAGGGCACCUGAGGGGGCAACAGGGCACCCCAUGGGGCAGUAGAACAGUUCAGGGGGCAACAGGGCACCCAGAGAGGCCUAAAGCCCCCCAUGGGUCAGCGGAACAGUUGAUGGGGCAACAGGGCACCUGAGGGGGCAACAGGGCACCCCAUGGGGCAGUAGAACGGUUCAUGGGGCAACUGGGCACCCAGAGAGGCCCUAAAGUACCCCAUGGUUCAGCGGAACAGUUGAUGGGGCAAGAAGGCACCCGAGGGGGCAACUGGGCACCCAGGCGGGCCACUGGGCACGCCAUGGGGCAGUAGGGCACCUGAGGGAGCAAGAGGGCACCUGAGGGGGCAACAGGGCAUCCCAUGGGGCAGUAGAACAGUUCAUGGGGCAACAGGACACCCAGAAAGGCCCUAAAGCCCCCCAUGUGUCAGCAGAACAGUUGAUGGGGCAACAGGGCACCUGAGCGGCCAACUGGGCAUCCCAUGGGGCAGUAGGGCACCUGAGGGAGCAAGAGGGCACCUGAGGGGGCAACUGGGCACCCAGGCAGGCCACUGGGUACCCCAUGGGGCAAUAGGGCACCUGAGGGGGCAACAGGGCACCUGAGGGGGCAACUGGGCACCCAGGCAGGCCACUGGGUACCCCAUGGGGCAAUAGGGCACCUGAGGGGGCAACAGGGCACCCCAUGGGGCAGUAGAACGGUUCAGGGGGCAACUGGGCACCCAGAGGGGCCCUAAAGUACCCCAUGGUUCAGCGGAACAGUUGAUGGGGCAACAAGGCACUCCAUGGGGCAUCAGGGCACCCAGGUGGGCAACUGGGCACGCCAUGGGGCAGUAGAACAGUUCAUGGGGUAACAGGGCAGCUGUGGGGGCAACUGGGCACCCCAUGGGGCAGUAGGGCACCUGAGGGAGCAACAGGGCACCUGAGGGGGCAACAGGGCACCCCAUGGGGCAGUAGAACGGUUCAGGGGGCAAGAGGACACCCAGAAAGGCCCUAAAGCCAGUUGAUGGGGCAACAAGGCACUCCAUGGGGCAUCAGGGCGCCCAAAGGGGCAUCAGGGCGCCCAAAGGGGCAUCAAGUGGCUGCCCCCGCCCCGCGUGACGGCCGUGUCCCCCCCCCGCAGGCCGGUGGCGGGGAGGAUGGCGGGGGAGGGCUGCCGGGUGCAGAUCUCCUUCCCCCAGCACGCGGCGGCCCUGCUGGACUCCCUCAACCGCCUGCGCCUGGAGGGGAAGUUCUGCGACGUGGCCGUCCACGUCGGGGGCCGCGUCUUCCCGGCCCACAAGAGCGUCCUGGCGGCCGCCUCCCCCUUCUUCCACGACAAGCUGCUGCUCCAGGAUGGGGGGCGCCUGCUGCUGCCCCCCGCCAUCGACCCCGACGCCUUCGAGGGGCUCCUGCAUCUCAUCUACUCAGGGCGCUUGACGUUGCUGUUGGAGGCCCUGCCCGGUCAUCUCUUGGUGGCCAGCGGUCUCCAGAUGUGGCACGUGGUGGAUCAGUGCUCGGAGAUCCUGAGGGAGUUGGAGGGGGGGCUGUGCCGGUGGGCCGGGCAGGGCAGCGAGGUGACCUCAUCAUCGUCAUCGAGCGGCUGCGGCGGUGAGGGGUCAUCAUCGUGGACCGCCCGUGGUGGAGAUGGGUCUUCCUGUGCCACCCAUGGGGGAGACGGAGCGUCAUCGUGGGCCACCCGUGGUGAUGGGUCUUCGUGUACCAGCCGUGGGGGAGAUGGAGGAUCAGCGUGGAGCACCCGCGGUGGAGAUGGGUCAUCAUGUCCCACCCGCGGUGGAGAUGGGUCAUCGUGUCCCACCCGCGGUGGGGAUGGAGCGUCAUCGUGGCCCACCCGUGGUGGGGAUGGGUCUUCAUCGUCCUCGUGGACCACGCGUGGUGGCGAUGGCUCAUCAUGUCCCACCCGCAGUGGUGAUGGAGCAUCCUCCUGGUCCACCCGUGGUGGCGAUGGCUCUUCAUCAUCGUCAUGGCCCGCACGUGGUGGCGAUGGCUCUUCGUGGGCCACCUGUGGUGGUGAGGCGGCGACGCCAUCUUUCACCAAGGAGGGAGGUGAGGAGGUCCUCAAAAUCCGCGUGGCCACUGACGUGGCACCAGCGGCCACAUCGUCCCUGAGCUCCCUCCUGAAGGACACCGGCGAGGAGGUCCUCAAGAUCUGCGUGGAGGAGGACGAGGAGGAAGAGGAAGAGGAGGAGGAAGAGGGCGGCCACCGCCCCACCGACGCCCUCCAGAUUGUGCUGGAGGAGGACGAGGAGGAAGAGGGGGCACCCAGAGGCACCCACGAGCCCCCCAAGAUCUUCUACAUCAAGCAAGAGGCGGGCGAGGGCGCCGCCGUUGAGGGCCUCCUGCCUCCAGCGGAGUUGGCGGGGAGCUUCGCGCCGGCGGAGGUGAGCUACGUCAUCCCGGCCGGCGCCGGCGGCGUCGGGGGGACGCUGGUGACGAGCGGCGGGGCGGCCAUCUUCCCCCAGCCCUCCUGGAAACCGGUGGACCUUCACGGGAACGAGAUCCUGGGCCGGGGUCAAGCUCUUCACGCCCCGGUGAAGUUGGGGGCGGCCCCCGACGGCAAACGUUUCGGUUGCCUCUGCGGCAAACGCUUCGCCGUGAAGCCCAAGCGGGACCGGCACAUCAUGCUGACCUUCAGCCUGAGGCCCUUCGCCUGCGCCGCCUGCCACAAGCGCUUCAAGCUGAAGCACCACCUGAGGGAGCACAUGAAGACCCACGACGGGGCCGGCAGGGCCUGCGAGCGCUGCGGCCGCCGCUUCCGCCUGCGCAGCGGCCUGGACAAGCACCGGGCCCUCUGCCAGGGGGCUCGCUGGGGAGGGGGGUGCUGGGCCUGCGACUGA